AUGGCUACACCGGGAGACCAGCGCAUUGCCGUCCCUAUAGAUGACCCAAACGCAGACACCGAAUGGAACGACAUCUUACGCUCGCAUGGGGUCAUCCCCGAGAAGCCCCCAAGUCCGACUCCCAUGAUAGAGGAGGCCAUUCUCGAAGGACGCAAGCUGGCAUACGAGAACAGGCUAGAGGGCAAGGAUCUUGACGAGCUCGACGAGCUGGAGGACGACGAGGACGAAGCAUUCCUGGAGCAGUACAAGCAGAAGCGCAUGGCCGAGCUCAACGAGCUACAGAAAAAGGCCAUUCACGGCACUGUGUAUCCGAUAUCGAAGCCCGAGUAUCAGCGGGAAGUUACGGACGCAUCCAACAAGGGCCCCGUAUUUGUCAACCUCACGUCGUCCAUGGGGACAAAUGUGGAAUCGAGAGUGCUCUCGGAGCUGUGGCGCCAAGCUGCACACGAAUACGGGGACAUCAAAUUUUGCGAGGUUAGAGCCGCCCAGGCCAUUGAAAACUACCCGGACCGCAACUGCCCGACCAUUCUCGUUUACAAGAAUGGCGACAUUGUCAAGCAAGUCGUCACGCUUGCGACCAUGGGUGGUACGCGCACAAAUAUGCAGAAGAUUGACGACAUGCUGGUUGAGGUGGGAGCGGUCCCCGAGUCCGACAUGAGGGUCGUCAAGCGCAGGCGCGCCGCCGAGGACGCCGAGGAGGAGAGGCAAUCAGGCGCUAGAAAGACCAUCAAGAAGGGCGCCACAGUGACAUCACGGAGCGACGACGAGGACAGUGAUUGGGAUUAA